AGAUUUGUUUAGUUGAUGGUUUGUUUUUGUUAAGGUUUGGGCUUCAGUUUAUUCUUGUUGUGGUAUUGUAUUUAGUUUUCUUGUGUUGGUAAGUCAACCUAACCCCUCUUAGGUUUUAGAAAAUUACUGUAAUAAUCAAACACGACAUCGCUCUACCAACGCCGAUUCGACGACAGUUUGAUGUUACCUAAUAUCACUGGACUUUCCCAAGAAGGCAAGUAGACAAGAGAAGUAGAUCCUGCGAAUGGGCGGGGACUGUAGGAAGUGGGACGAAGACGCCUAUAGAUACAAUAUUUUGCAGGAGAGAGAAAUUCAAUCUCGAACCGUCUUCAGAACCGCAUUCGCCCCCUCUCCCAAUCCCAACCCUGACAUCAUCGUCGCCGCCUCCAGCGACGGUUCAAUCGCUUCUUACUCCAUUUCUCACUCUCUCUCCUCUCUCCCAUUGGAUUAUGCUAGGGCUCAGAACUUGUUGGUGGUGACCGAACCUAAUUGCUUCAUUCAGGGGCAUGAUGGACCUGCUUAUGACGUUAAAUUCUACGGAGACGGCGAAGAUUCUUUGUUGCUGAGUUGUGGCGAUGAUGGUCGGAUUCAAGGAUGGAGAUGGAAAGAAAUUUUGAAGUCAGAGGUUCCUUUCCAAGGAGGCCAUUUAAAGCCAGUACUUCACUUGGUGAAUCCUCAACAUAAAGGUCCUUGGGGUGCUCUUUCUCCAAUCCCUGAGAAUAAUGCCAUUGCAGUUGAUAAUCAGAGGGGAUCCAUAUUUGCAGCUGCUGGCGAUUCUUGUGCGUAUUGCUGGGAUGUGGAGAAAAGUGAAAUUAAAAUGGUGUUCAAGGGACAUUCAGACUAUUUGCAUAGUAUUGUUGCUCGUAAUUCCAGCAAUCAGAUCAUUACUGGUUCAGAGGAUGGGACAGCACGGAUAUGGGACUGUCGAAGUGGAAAGUGCAUUCAGAUAAUAGACCCAGGGAAGGAUAAGAAGAAAGAACUCUUUCCAUGUGUCAGUUGCAUUGCCCUUGAUGCCAGUGAGAGCUGGUUGGCUUGUGGUAGUGGUCGGACUUUAUCAAUUUGGAAUCUACCUGCUUGUGAACGCAUUUCGAGGAUUUCCACUCGUGCUUCCAUCCAAGAUGUAGCAUUUGAUGACAAUCAGAUUUUAGCAGUUGGAGCAGAACCAUCACUCAGCCGAUUUGACAUGAACGGGGUCAUUCUUUCACAAAUACAAUGUGCUCCUCAGUCGGCAUUUUCUGUAUCCUUACAUCAGUCAGGCGUUGUCGGAGUUGCUGGCUACGGAGGUCUAGUAGAUGUUAUCUCACAGUUCGGAAGUCACUUGUGCACAUUCCGGUGCAAUGAAGCUCACAUAGAACCCCCACUCUCUUCGCAUCUCUUUCUCAACUCCACGGCGAAGAUCCGAGGAGUUUGGGAAAACCCUAACUUUCUCUGCAUCGCUUCUCUCUCUUCAUCCACAGUCUCGAACUCUUCAUCAUCACCAGCCAUGGCGGAUGUAGGACAAGAGCGAGGAGAGUACGAUACUCGUCAGUUUGAUGCCAAAAUGGAGUUGCUUUCAGCUGAUGGGCAAGAUUUCUUUACAUCAUAUGAUGAGGUUUAUGAUAGUUUUGAUGCUAUGGGUUUGCUAGAGAACCUUCUGAGGGCCAUUUAUGCAUACGGUUUUGAAAAACCCUCUGCAAUUCAGCAAAGGGGAAUUGUUCCCUUCUGCAAGGGUCUUGAUGUAAUUCAACAGGCUCAGUCUGGAACUGGAAAGACGGCAACUUUCUGCUCUGGUGUCCUCCAACAACUUGACUAUGGUUUAAUGGAAUGCCAGGCGUUGGUUUUGGCACCUACGCGUGAGCUAGCACAACAGAUUGAGAAGGUUAUGCGAGCACUUGGUGAUUAUCUUGGAGUGAAGGUACAUGCUUGUGUUGGUGGAACCAGUGUUCGCGAGGACCAGCGGAUUCUAUCAAGUGGGGUUCAUGUUGUUGUUGGCACUCCUGGGCGUGUAUUUGACAUGCUGCGAAGACGGUCGCUCCGUCAUGAUCGCAUUAAGAUGUUUGUACUGGAUGAAGCGGAUGAAAUGCUCUCUCGAGGUUUCAAGGAUCAGAUCUAUGAUAUAUUCCAGCUUCUGCCUUCAAAAAUUCAGGUUGGGGUAUUCUCUGCCACAAUGCCCCCUGAGGCCCUUGAGAUCACAAGGAAGUUUAUGAGUAAACCAGUGAGGAUACUUGUGAAGCGUGACGAGCUUACCCUGGAGGGUAUUAAACAGUUUUAUGUCAAUUGUGAAAAGGAAGACUGGAAACUUGAGACUCUGUGUGAUCUGUAUGAAACCUUAACUAUCACCCAGAGUGUAAUAUUCGUGAAUACACGACGGAAGGUUGACUGGCUAACCGACAAGAUGCGUAGCCGAGACCACACAGUGUCAGCCACCCAUGGAGACAUGGAUCAGAACACGAGAGAUAUUAUUAUGCGUGAAUUUCGUUCUGGUUCCUCUCGCGUUCUCAUCACCACUGAUCUUUUGGCCCGAGGUAUUGAUGUCCAACAAGUAUCCCUUGUUAUAAACUUUGAUCUCCCUAGUCAGCCUGAGAACUAUCUCCACCGUAUUGGACGUAGCGGACGGUUUGGGAGGAAGGGUGUUUCCAUCAACUUCGUAACGAAGGAUGAUGAGAGGAUGCUGCAAGACAUCCAGAAGUUUUAUAAUGUGGUUGUCAAGGAGCUGCCAUCAAAUGUUGCGGAUCUCUUCUAAUGCAAUUUUGUUAUUAUAUCAUUAGUUAGAAAAGUAGGCAGAUCUCUCCAUAUUUCCUGAGGAUAAUUUUCCUAAUUUAAGAUGUUUGAAUUUAUCUAAUCAUCAAGUAAUAUGAGUGAUGCACAGUGUCAAUUUUUAAGCAUCAUUUCCA